AUGGGCCAAAACGUUUGGCCCUCGACAGAAUUACUGUCCAUCAUACAAUUCCAGGAACCAUGCGAGCGAUACCACGAAAGCGUCCAACACCUUGCCUUCAAGGUUCUGCAGCUAGUAGGAGAUACAAUGAUACCCCACGGGCAUAGCACCGUUGGUAUGACAGAAAAUAUGCCAACUGUCCUGCACAAUCUAAUCAGGUUGGAUAAAAUUCCGGCAUGUCCGCUUCGCCUUCUCCACUAUCCCUCCGCCACUCGCAACGGAGGGAGUGUGACCGGCAAGCCACAGUACGGAGCAUCGGCGCACACCGACUUUGGUGUAAUCACCCUGCUCCUCCAAGACGACAAUCCUGGCCUCGAAGUUCUGGUCGAAAAAGACGGAAAGCAGGUGUGGUGGCCCAUUGACCCGAAUCCUAGCGCCUACGUGGUCAAUAUAGGAGAUAUGAUUAGCAUGGUUACCAACGGCAUUUAUAAAAGCAGCAUGCAUCGCGUUGUAUGCAAACGGCCAGAAAGAGAGAGAUAUAGCAUUGUAUUCUUCCUCGAUGGCUGUCUAAAUGCAAAUCUGGAGCCAGUAGAGGGAUUUGGGCACCCAGAAGAAGGCGUUGGAUUCUCUCACAAAACGGUAGAACAGCAUAUGACUGAACGGUUAUCGAUGAGCUAUGCGAAGGAGGGUAAGGAUCCAAGGCAUAACGAGGAUACCUUCAGUGCAUGA